GAGGCUGUGGGUGGAGAGAGAGAAAGCGCACGCCGAGAGGAGGUGUGGGUGUUCCGCUUCCAUCCUAACGGAACGAGCUCCCUCUUCGCGGACAUGGGAUUACCCAGCGGCUGCUGACCCUUCUCCUCGCCCUGCUCCCCAAACCGGCGUGGCUCCCCGGGCACCAAGGAGCUGACUGCAGAGGAACAGGAUUCAUACCCCUGGCUGGGCGUGUUUUGGCAACAAAGUGCCUGACCCGGAUCAGGAUUUUCGAGAAAGACAUGUCUGAUAAAAUGUCUAGUUUCCUACACAUUGGAGACAUUUGUUCUCUGUACGCGGAGGGAUCGACAAAUGGAUUUAUUAGCACCUUGGGCCUCGUGGAUGAUCGUUGUGUUGUACAGCCAGAAGCUGGAGACCUUAACAACCCACCUAAGAAAUUCAGAGACUGCCUCUUUAAGCUAUGUCCCAUGAAUCGCUACUCUGCCCAGAAGCAGUUCUGGAAAGCCGCGAAGCCAGGGGCCAACAGCACGACAGAUGCGGUCCUGCUCAACAAACUGCAUCAUGCCGCAGACUUGGAAAAGAAGCAGAAUGAGACAGAAAACAGGAAGUUGCUGGGGACCGUAAUCCAGUAUGGCAACGUGAUCCAGCUCCUGCAUUUGAAAAGUAAUAAAUACCUGACUGUGAAUAAAAGGCUUCCCGCUCUGCUGGAGAAGAAUGCCAUGAGAGUGACAUUGGACGAGGCUGGAAAUGAAGGGUCCUGGUUUUAUAUUCAGCCAUUCUACAAGCUGCGAUCCAUCGGAGACAGUAACUCUAUAGAAUGUAAUGAUCCAGUUAAAAGGAACUCUUAUGUUCGGCUCAGACACCUAUGCACUAACACCUGGGUUCACAGCACAAAUAUUCCUAUUGACAAGGAAGAAGAAAAGCCCGUGAUGCUAAAAAUUGGCACAUCUCCCGUGAAGGAGGAUAAGGAAGCAUUUGCCAUAGUUCCAGUUUCUCCUGCUGAAGUUCGGGACCUCGACUUUGCCAAUGAUGCCAGCAAGGUGCUGGGCUCCAUUGCUGGGAAGCUAGAAAAAGGCACCAUCACCCAGAAUGAAAGAAGGUCUGUAACCAAGCUGCUGGAAGACUUGGUGUAUUUUGUCACCGGUGGAACUAACUCUGGUCAAGACGUGCUUGAAGUGGUCUUCUCCAAGCCCAACAGAGAACGGCAGAAGCUGAUGAGAGAACAGAAUAUUCUCAAGCAGAUCUUCAAGUUGUUACAGGCCCCAUUCACAGACUGUGGCGAUGGCCCGAUGCUGCGGCUGGAGGAGCUCGGGGACCAGCGGCAUGCUCCUUUCAGACAUAUCUGCCGGCUCUGCUACAGGGUCCUGAGACACUCACAGCAAGACUACAGGAAGAACCAGGAGUAUAUAGCCAAGCAGUUUGGCUUCAUGCAGAAGCAGAUUGGCUAUGAUGUAUUGGCCGAAGACACUAUCACUGCCCUUCUCCACAAUAAUCGAAAACUUCUGGAAAAACACAUCACUGCAGCAGAGAUCGACACAUUUGUCAGUCUGGUGCGAAAGAACAGGGAGCCCAGAUUCUUAGAUUACCUCUCCGACCUUUGUGUCUCCAUGAACAAAUCGAUUCCGGUGACCCAGGAACUGAUAUGUAAAGCUGUGCUGAAUCCCACCAACGCCGAUAUCCUGAUAGAGACCAAGUUGGUUCUUUCUCGUUUUGAGUUUGAAGGUGUCUCUACUGGAGAGAAUGCUCUGGAAGCAGGAGAGGAUGAGGAAGAGGUGUGGCUAUUCUGGAGGGACAGCAACAAAGAGAUUCGCAGUAAGAGCGUCCGGGAAUUGGCUCAGGAUGCUAAAGAAGGACAGAAGGAAGACCGAGAUGUUCUCAGCUACUACAGGUAUCAGCUGAACCUCUUU